UCUCAGAGCAGAAAGACGCAACUCUCUUGGAAUAACUUGCGGGAGCCAUGUGGAUCUCUUAUUCUGUUUUUACCUUUCAUAACGAUUGACAAGCUUUAAUAUUGAUCAGCAAGAUAAGAAGAAUUGAUUAGGGAUUUUUUUUCCCAACACUACCUGCUGCACAACUGAAAAACUCUGGGACGUUUUUGUUUUUUUAACUUUCUCCUUGACUCACAAGAGCGCUUUAUUUACUCGUGAAAAGGCGCAUAAGAUACUGAAUUCGACCGGAUCGGGUUCCACGUAGUUUGGAAGUUGCGAGGGAUUGCAUCGAGAGCAGCUGUCAAACUCAUGGGGUCCUCCUGUCCCCCGGGCCACAGGGGGCUACACUGAGCUCUUCACUGCGCAUGUGCGAGCGCUGGACAGCUCCGGAGAGGGAAAUUUAAAAACGAUUCUGGAGAAACAAGUGCAGCGCAGUGGAAUACAGUACAGGAGCUUCCAACCAGCCAAGAAACUCUUCAAUAUCAACCAAAAAAGUGGCACUGAAUAACCCAGAUAAUGAUAGAAGGUGGAAUAACAUCCAGGAUGUCAGGAAUCAUUGAAAAUGCCGGACAUCAUCCAUCUCCUCAAGACUACAGGCUUCUGACCACGGACCCCUCCCAGCUGAGGGAGGAGGACCUCCCUGGGGACCUGCAGUCUCUGUCAUGGCUCACCUCGGUGGAUGUUCCCCGGCUGCAGCAGAUGGUUGAUAGCAGAGGCCACAGUAACGGGCCGUCCCAGGGCAGUCUGCUGGCGCAACAGACAGCUCAGUUGAACAACAUGACCAUGGCAGCAGGUCAGGGCUCCAUGCUGCACCUGCAGAGCAACAUGCAGCACAGCCCUCUGGGAAUCAGCAUCAUCAACACCCACAGCGGAAGUAUGUCACCGUUCUCCAUGAAUGGUCUGCCCUCACCUGGAUACCAGUGUCCUACCUCAGUCUACCAGUCUGCUCCUCAGCAGGUGUAUUCUCUGACCCAGACCGGGCAGCAGUGUACAACCGGUGGACUUUAUAGCAAUGUCUCUUUCAACAACCAAAGUUUAUUCACUCAGCCUCGUCUUGCACCACAAGAGCAGGACCUGCAGCCCAAAUCUUUUCCCAAGCCCAUCUACUCAUACAGCUGCUUGAUCGCCAUGGCCCUGAAAAACAGCAAAACCGGCAGCCUCCCCGUCAGUGAGAUUUAUAGCUUUAUGAAGGAACACUUUCCUUACUUUAAGACAGCACCGGACGGGUGGAAGAACUCGGUGAGACACAACUUGUCUUUAAACAAAUGCUUUGAAAAAGUGGAGAACAAGACAAGCAGCUCAUCCCGGAAGGGCUGUCUGUGGGCACUGAACCCAGCCAAAAUUGACAAGAUGGAGGAAGAGAUGCAGAAGUGGAAACGCAAGGAUCUUCCAGCCAUCCGCCGCAGCAUGGCUAAUCCAGACGAGCUGGACAAGCUGAUCACAGACCGGCCAGAGAACUGCAGACGCAAGAUGUUAGAGCCAGGGAUCACGCGGCUGCCCAACUGCCCCUCCGGCCUCGCUCUGCCUGUACAAGCCCAAAUUCAGCCGCAGCCCAUCGUCACCCUGUCAUUGCCGUGUUUACCCAUGCACCAGCACCACCAGAUCCAGGCGCAGCUACAGGCUCAGGCCCGGAUGGGACCCAUGUCGCCGGCACCAGCCCAGACGCCCCCCCUUCACACGGUCCCAGACCUCUCCCACAGUCCACUGACCCAUCCACCCAGCAAACCGCCCGAGGAGUUCUACAGCGUGCAUGUGGACACCCACACAGAGGUGGACGCUCUGGAUCCCAGCAUCAUGGACUUUGCCCUUCAAGGUAAUCUCUGGGAGGAAAUGAAGGACGAGAGCUUUAAUCUGGAUGCCUUGGGUUCCUUCAGUAACUCACCACUGCGACUAUCAGACUGUGACUUGGGAUCCGGCAACCUUCCUCCAGCGUCCACCGCGUCAAACAUGCCGCGGCAAGAUGUGCAAGUGAGCGGGCUUUACACCUCGUACACGUCCCAGGACACGCUCUCUUCACAGUACAUGGCCACACCGACCAACAAGCCCAUCGCUCUGCUUUAGAGGACCUGAAGUCUGUCUUGCUUUACAAUAACUGAUCGGAUAUCUGGAUGCCAGCUCAAGACACACGUCUGGUUUCUUCUGUACAAAUUUUAAAACUAUCAGGUGAAAGGUGUUUGUUUUGAAUUCCACACAUGAAACCUGAUUCAUUUAAGAAGUGCUGAAUUGUGAAAAAAAAAAUGCAUGUAGGAUAAAAAAUAUCAGGAAAAUAUCAAACUUUGCCAAGCAAAGACUCAAAGUCCGGUGCAAGAGGUCCAGCCUGUCUUCUGUUCCCUGUCUAUUCGCACUGUAGCUCCUGUCUGUUGUCCGUUGUAUCGUGCUAGACAUUAUUGCUGUGAUGUGUUAUUUAUAUUUAUAAAUGGCAGCUGGAGAAGGUGAUGGCUCUAUCAAUCCUUUGCUGUACAUAUGUGAAUGUUUCAAAUUGCUAUUACCACAGAAAAGCUUUCGUUUCCUCCCCACACAUCCAUCCACAAACGUCAGAUG